AUAUAGAGAAUCGCUUUUUGAACAUCAUGUAUAACACAGCAACUCAACUCGCAAUAAGCUCGUCGAAAGCUGGGUUGCUGCGUAUAUACUGUGGUGAUGUAAAGAACGUUUGGUUUUGGGAUUAUGAUACAAGAAAUGCUAGGCAGAUUUACACCAAGGUGUUUCAAUCACAAGCUAACUUUCUGUACUUAACACGUUCACUGCCCAUGCCGACACUGUGUCGGCGUGGGCCUUAUCAUAGCAGUGCCCGCGCCGACACGCUGUCGGCGACGAGGUAA